UAAGAUAUGUUUGAUUUAUGAGCAAUGUGAUUGGUUGAUGAAUUUUGCUCCGGAUCGUCUUGUGAUAAUGUAUUAUCUUGUAGCCGCAUCACAGGCGUCACAUCCACUGAUUGUUUUUCAUUUCUCGUAAUCGAUAUUGGUACACACACAAUCUUAUAUUAUUCCAUGACGAUACCGUUGUCGUUCCACGUCAUCGGUACAGCCAAACGCUGCUGGAUCGCCGAAACACGUUCUAUCGAAUACAGACUAUUGUGUGCACUGUUGGUGUGAGUUGUCUUCGGGAGUCCGUCGUGCUGUUGACGUUGGUCAUUUCGUCGUCAUUCUUCAACGCUACCGAUCAUCGUGCCUUGCUAACGCAGUUAGUCCGACGCUGUUUAUUAUAUUUGCGUUUCAGCCAUGGCAUGCACACCGUCGACUUCAAACGAAUGUAUGAGUGAUGAUUUUAAUCGAUCGCUAGCUGAUCUGAUUAAUCUUAUGGAAAGAUUUACCGAUUACAAACUUUACAAAGAUCGAUUGAAAACAUUUAUCAAUGUUUUGACUUCAAGAUAUAUUGACGGCGAGAGAAUGUCAAGAGCAGGAUUAUAUUUUAUUGGCCCGUAUAAUCGGGUACAAUGUGCAUACUGUUUAAAAAGAUUUGUAGGAUGGGUGGUAGAUAAUCCUGAUCCAGAUGAUUUUCAUAAAGAAUUAUCACCUAACUGUGAAUAUUACACAAAUCCUGAAUGUAAGUUACUUAUGAUUAAGGUUCGGAAGUUAUAGGCAUUGCAUAUUGCUCUGUAUGCUCUCGAUUUAUAGCAGACCAAGUUAGAAAUCCGAGCUAUACAAUGUAGAGUUUAAAAAUUGAAAAUUAAAAAUGCAUAUUAUAUAUUUUUUUUAUUGUCUACUAUGAAUUUGACGAAAAUAUUGGUGGUUCAAUGCAACAACUUAACAGGUAUUA